GGACACAGUUACCGUAGAAGACGGAUCUUUUGCAAUGUCGAGCCAGCAGGUUCUUUCUGACCAACAAAACGACAAUAACUUUGUUACAAAUCCAUUUGCAGGAUCAACUAAUAAUAGUACAAGUCACGGUUCAAAUAGAUCAAGAUAUAAUGGAGGUAGAGGGCGUUAUCGUGGGCGAGGUAACUCGCGGGGCGGUAGAGGCUCUUUUCGAAAUAAUCAUUCCCAGAGUAAUCAAAGCAAUGAAGAGUCAAGUACUAAUCCUACUCCAAUUUUGCAAACCAACGAUGGGCAAGAAAAUAAGCACACUUCAAAUCGUGGUGGGUCUCGUUUUAAUCGUGGUAGAAAAAAACGCUCUAACAGGGCUGGUCAUCAACCAAUAUCAAACGACAAUCAAAAAGAUGCGGGUAAUAGCAGAAAUGUUAAUGACAUUAAUGAAUUACGACAGGAUAAUUCUCGACACAAAAAUACGAACAAUGAAUCAAAGUAUGUUUCUGAUCCCAAAGGCAAGGGAUUAGCAGUUCUCAGAGAUUCUUCAACUUUAUCAAAUUAUGGUUCAAGAAAUUCUCGAACUUCUACACAUUCAAAGAAAUCCUCCGUUUCUAAGCUUUCCCUUGAUGAAAUUAAAGAUGUGUCAACCUCGAUAACUUAUGGUUUAACUACAUCCACUUAUGAAUGUAUGAUUUGUUGUGAAGUUAUACGACCCAGUAAUAAGACAUGGUCUUGUGGAGUUUGUUGGGCAGUAUUUCAUUUUCAGUGUACACAAAAGUGGGCUCAAAAGUCCUUCGAUAAUGCUGGUUCAUGGCGCUGUCCUGGAUGUCAAAACAAAUCUGAGAGUAUUCCUGAGGUGUACAAGUGCUUCUGUGGUAAAAUAGAAAACCCUCAAUUUACGCGAUAUUUAACUCCUCAUAGUUGUGGUAAUGUUUGCAGAAAAAGUAGAGACUGUUCACAUGAUUGUACUCAGCCGUGCCAUCCGGGGCCAUGCCCUCCUUGUUCGGCCAUGGGCCCUAUUCAGCACUGUUUUUGUGGUCGCCAGACGUAUCAACUUCGUUGUAUCGAAGUCGAUCAUUCUGGUGGUAAAUCGUGCGAAUCAGUUUGUGGAAAUUUAUUGGGAUGUGGCAAACAUUAUUGCAAAAAGCAAUGUCAUCCAGACGAUUGUACGCGAUGCGAAGUAAUCGAGAUACAAAAAUGUUACUGUGGACAGACGGAACGAGAGGCGACAUGUGGUGAAGGGAUAGCUAUCCGUUGUUGUGGUGGAGAAUCUGGAAAAUCAUUACAGGUUUGGACUGGGUUCUUCUCAUGCAAAGAAAGGUGUAAUCGCUUGUUAGAAUGCGGUCAUCAUUCGUGCAUGAAAUUAUGUCAUCCAGUGAUGGAUGAACCUGAACCUUGCGAAUUGAGUCCUUCACAUGUUCAUAACUGCCCUUGUGGUGCAAAUACUAUAGAGUCACUUCUUGGUCAUAAGCGAACGUCUUGCAUUGAAGAAAUUCCACUUUGUAAUAACAUUUGUUCGAAAACACUUCCAUGUGGUCAUAAAUGUCAAGAUACAUGUCAUCAUGGGAAUUGUAAGCCUUGUACGGCUAUCGUACAAGCAAAGUGCCGGUGUGGCAGUAAAACGUUCGAGCGUGUCUGUUCUGAGGUUUCGGACAGCCACGAAGAAUUAAUAUGUGAUAGAAUAUGCAGAGGCCUUAGAACUUGUGGCAAGCAUCAAUGUAGUGUACGUUGUUGUCCAUCAGCUAACAAGAAAUCUUCAAAAAGUAGAGGUAGUGCUUCGCAAGAGGAGGAAUAUGAUGUUAAUCAUCAAUGUGUUUUAGUAUGCGGGAAGAGCUUACAAUGUGGGAAG